GACUGAUACCUUUAUGUUGACUCCUACUGAUGAGGAAAGUGACCACCAGCUCCUCUCUCACAACUCUCAUGUAGCUGAGAGCCAAGAUCAGAAAGGAGGCAAGCAUGGAGACUCAGGCUCAACUAGAACUGCAGAGCCAAAUCAACAGAGUCUACAUCACGAAAGCACAAGUCACAGUAACAAUGUAGACAACCCUCACCUGUCAGAGAUGCACUGUGAUACUCACACAGGUAAACAGCCUUUAAAAUGUGACACAUGUGGUAAAGACUUUCAGACGAAAUCAAAACUAGAGAGACAUAUAAGAAUCCACACAGGAGAGAAGCCGUUUGCAUGCAAAACAUGUGGGAAAGGAUUCACGCAGAAAUCAGCAUGGAAACGUCAUGUAAGAAUCCACACAGGAGAGAAGCCGUUUACAUGCAAAACAUGUGGGAAAGCUUUCACAGAUGCUCGUUACUUGAAAGGCCACAUGAAAAUCCACACAGGUGAGAAGCCAUAUUCUUGCAAGAUGUGUGGGAAUGGAUUCACGCAGAAAUCAUUAUUGGACAUUCAUGUAAGAACCCACACAGGUGAGAAGCCGUUUGCAUGCAAAACAUGUGGGAAAGCUUUCAGAAUGAAUGCUACCUUGACAAUCCACAUCAGAACCCACACAGGGGAGAAGCCAUAUUCUUGCAAAAUAUGUGGGAAAGGAUUUACGACUAAAUCAGCAUGGAAACGUCAUACAAGAAUCCACACAGAAGAGAAGCCGUUUACAUGCAAAACAUGUGGGAGAGCUUUCAGAGAUAAUGGUACCUUGAAAGACCACAUGAGAACCCACACAGGGGAGAAGCCAUAUUCUUGCAAAGUAUGUGGGAAAGGAUUCACGCAGAAAUCAGCAUGGAAACGUCAUACAAGAAUCCACACAGGAGAGAAGCCGUUUACAUGCAAAACAUGUGGGAAAGCUUUCAGAGAUGCUCGUUACUUGAAAGGCCACAUGAAAAUCCACACAGGGGAGAAGCCAUAUUCUUGCAAGAUGUGUGGGAAUGGAUUCACGCAGAAAUCAUUAUUGGACAUUCAUGUAAGAACCCACACAGGUGAGAAGCCAUAUUCUUGCAAAAUGUGUGGGAAUGGAUUCACGCAGAAAUCAUUAUUGGACAUUCAUGUAAGAACCCACACAGGUGAGAAGCCAUAUUCUUGCAAAAUGUGUGGGAAUGGAUUCACGCAGAAAUCAUUAUUGGACAUUCAUGUAAGAAUCCACACAGGUGAGAAGCCGUUUGCAUGCAAAACAUGUGGGAAAGCUUUCAGAGCUAAUGGUACCUUGAAAGACCACAUGAGAAUCCACACAGGUGAGAAGCCAUAUUCCUGCAAAACAUGUGGGAAAGCUUUUACAAUUCAUAGUCACUUGACACGCCACACGAGAAUCCACACAGGUGAGAAGCCGUUUGCAUGUAAAACAUGUGAGAGAGCUUUCAGAAAUAAUAGUCACUUGACAUACCACAUGAGAACCCACACAGGGGAGAAGCCAUAUUCCUGCAACUCGUGUGGGAAAAGAUUCACUUGGAAAUCAGCAUUGACGUCUCAUCAUACAAGAAUCCACACAGAGCUCCCACAGCAACAUGUCUGUGAGGAGGAGAAGGUCCUCUCUGACCAGCAGCUCUGUAUUCAGGAGAGGAACUCCAGUCUGGACCAAGAGGACCCAGAGCCUCCACAGAUUAAAGAGGAGCAGGAGGAACUCUGCACCAGCUUUCAGAGAUAAUGGUCACUUGAAUGACCACAUGAGAACCAACACAGGGGAGAAGCCAUAUUCUUGUAAAACAAAAUCGCGGAAUAUUUUUGUGAAGUGCGUAUCGAGGCUUGUGUCGAUGACGUAUGUGAUGACGUUCGAAGCCUCGCGGGUUUGGCGUGCGAUUCGAAAUAUAAGGGGGAGCAAACCGCAAUUGAGCCCCCUCAUAAUCAACAC